AAGGGUGGGAUAAGAAAGUGAAAUUGCGGUGCUCAUUGGAUUACAGAGAGACAAGAGACCGUGGUUGUCCAUUAGUGAGCUGGCGACUGGGUGUCGCUAACAUAAAUAAUUAAUUAAAAAGAAGAAGAAGAAGAAGAAAGGAACCUUACAUGUGAUUGUUGACUACACUCACCUUCAUCAAGCACCGACACUAACCAGAAGCAUUAGCAUUUGCAAUUGCGAUCAAAGAUGAGUAUGUACGGUAGGGAUCCGUGGGGUGGACCGCUGGAGAUCCACGCCACAGACUCCGCCACGGACGACGAGCGCAGCCGGAAUCUGCAGGAGGUGGACAGAGCAGCACUGGACGAGACUCAGCAGAGCUGGCUUCUCGGCGCCGGCGAGCAAAAGAAAAAGAAGAAGAAGUACGUAGAUCUGGGAUGCAUCAUCGUCAGCCGCAAGAUCUUUCUCUGGACACUUGGCACCAUCGCCGUGUGCGCCUUCUUGGCAGGCUUCAUCACCCUCAUCGUGAAAACCGUCCCUCGCCACCACCACAAACAACCCCCUCCCGAUAACUACACCCUCGCACUCCACAAGGCCCUUCUCUUCUUCAACGCCCAAAAAUCGGGGAAGCUUCCCAGGCACAACAACGUUUCCUGGAGAGGGAACUCGUGUCUGCAAGACGGAAAGGCCGGUGGCACUUCCAGCUUCAUCAAGGAUCUCGUCGGAGGCUACUAUGACGCCGGUGACGCCAUCAAGUUCAACUUUCCGGCGUCCUUUGCCAUCACCAUGCUCAGCUGGAGCGUCAUUGAGUACAGCGCCAAGUACGAGGCUGCCGGGGAACUCGCUCAUGUCAAGGAGAUCAUCAAGUGGGGAACCGAUUACUUUCUCAAGACCUUCAACAAUACCGCCGACACCAUUAAUUCCAUCGCCGCGCAGGUUGGAUCUGGCGACACUUCCGGCGGGAGUACCACUCCCAACGAUCAUUACUGCUGGAUGCGUCCGGAGGACAUCGAUUAUGACCGGCCGGUGACGGAGUGUCAAAGCUGCUCGGACCUGGCGGCGGAGAUGGCUGCUGCGUUGGCUGCGGCUUCGAUUGUCUUCAAGGACAACAAGGCAUAUUCGCAGAAGCUGGUGCACGGGGCGACGACGCUGUACAAGUUUUCGAGGUGGCAGAGGGGAAGGUACAGUGCGGGUGGGAGAGAGGCUUCUAUAUUCUACAAUUCGACUAGUUAUUGGGAUGAGUUCGUUUGGGGAGGGGCGUGGAUGUAUUUUGCUACUGGCAAUUCUUCUUACCUUAAGCUUGCUACCACUCCUGGCCUCGCCAAGCAUGCUGGUGCUUUCUGGGGUGGACCUGACUAUGGCGUCCUAAGCUGGGAUAACAAGCUCACUGGUGCUCAGGUUCUUCUCAGUCGUUUGAGGUUGUUCCUGAGUCCCGGUUAUCCAUAUGAAGAAAUUUUAAGGACAUUUCACAAUCAGACCGGUAUAAUUAUGUGUUCCUACCUACCCAUGUUCACAAGCUUUAAUAGAACAAGAGGCGGCUUGAUUCAGUUAAACCAUGGUAGGCCUCAGCCUCUCCAAUAUGUUGUCAAUGCAGCCUUUUUGGCUGCCCUAUACAGUGAUUAUCUCGAUGCCGCCGAUACGCCUGGGUGGUACUGUGGACCCAAUUUCUUUUCAACUGAUGUUCUUCGAGACUUUGCCAAGACCCAGAUUGAUUACAUCCUUGGGAAGAACCCUCGAAAAAUGAGCUAUGUUGUAGGUUUUGGUAAUCAUUAUCCAAAACAUGUGCACCAUAGAGGUGCAUCUAUACCAAAGAACAAGGUUAAGUACAACUGUAAAGGAGGAUGGAAAUGGAGAGAUACGUCGAAGCCAAACCCACAUACAAUUGUUGGAGCUAUGGUUGCUGGUCCUGACAAGCACGAUGGUUUCCAUGAUGUCCGAACCAACUACAACUACACAGAGCCAACACUUGCAGGAAAUGCAGGUUUAGUAGCUGCACUUGUAGCACUGUCGGGAGAUAAAAGCACAGGAAUAGACAAAAACACCCUUUUCUCUGCUGUUCCCCCAAUGUUUCCGACACCGCCACCGCCUCCAGCACCAUGGAAACCAUGAGGCAUUGGUUAUCCUCUGUCCACCAAGUACUUGACUUCAGCUUAUUGAUAAUUUUGAAGAUGGAGGUACUUGGAGCCAAGGGUGGGCAUGGACAAAUGAAAGUAGUGGAACUAGGCCUAGUAAAUCUAGUUGUCUAGGAGCAAUCUUCGAUUCAAGACUAGCAUUGAGACUGUUUGUCUAAUAUUUUUUGUGAUAUACAUGGUAUAUAUAUGUAUCAAAUCCUGAAUUUUUUAAACGUGCAAAACGAACCGCAUGUAAGUGACACGCUCAUCUAAUGUCUUACACAGUUAAUCUACUCGAACCUUUUAUUUUUUCCUUUUUUGUAAGCUUGAGACUUCUUUUAAUCUAUUUGUAAAAUGGUCAUAA